AUGGCGGGGCACGGCUCUGCCUCAGGCGGCCCAGCCGAUGCGUCUCGGCGAGACGUCGCCUGUGGAGAUGAGGAAGAGGACCAGCUGUUUCAGUUGGAUUAUGUUCUUGGAGGGAUAUUUCACAGUAAAGCCGCACGAAAGAUCCAAACGGUGGGCAGACGGUGGAGUCCCGUCGUGGAGUUGGCUGCUCUGCUCGUCAUUUUUGUUCUCUGUUUCUGCAUCCGUCUCUUCGCCGUCAUUCGCUACGAGUCCGUCAUCCACGAAUUUGACCCGUACUUCAACUACCGAACAACGAUCUAUCUGGCCAAGGAAGGUUUCUACGAGUUCUGGAACUGGUUCGAUCACGAGACGUGGUAUCCGCUCGGUCGUGUCGUCGGGCAGACUCUGUUUCCUGGACUGAUGUCUACAUCGAAACUUGUGUACGACUUGGCGCAUGCAGUUGGCUUUCCUGUGGAUAUUCCCAGCGUAUGCGUUUUCCUCGCUCCGUUCUUUUCGGGCCUGACAGCUGUGGCCACGUACUGCCUGACCAAGCAGGCGAGCGGAUCUGCAGGCGCGGGUCUUUUUGCCGCCCUGUUUGCGGGGAUUUCACCUUCGUACAUGUCCCGGUCCGUCGCCGGGUCUUACGACAACGAAGCAGUGGCUAUUUUUGCAAUGGUGAACGCCUUUUUCUUCUGGAUUCGUGCACUGAACAAAGGGACGAUGUUCUCUGCACUCCUCGCCGCAGUCGCCACGCUGUACAUGGUGGUGACCUGGGGGGGCUACGUGUUUGUUAUCAACGCAAUCGCAGUGCACAUGAUUGCUCUCGCGGUUCUGGGACUCGUCACAGCUCGCCACGUCGUUGUCUACAACGUCUUUUAUGUGUUGAUGAUCAUCAUGUGCCUGAAUGUACCUUUUGUAAACUUCGCUGCGGUCUCGAGCUCGGAGCACAUGGCGUGUCACGGCGUCUUCAUCAUGGUCAAUGCCUUGGCCGCCUCCUGGCUUCUGAAGGGCCUCCUUCCUGCCGCAACCAUCAAAAGCCUCCUCAAAGGCCUCGUCCUCGGUCUCGUGGCAGUCUUCCUUGUUCUCUUCGUCUGGCUUACAGCCACGGGACGUACCUCGUGGUCUGCGAGAUCGCUUACUCUGCUGGACCCGACAUACGCCACAAAAUACUUACCUAUUAUAGCGUCCGUCUCAGAACAUCAGCCUGCGACGUGGGCAACGUAUAUCUUCGACCUGCACAUUGCAACGCUUCUUGCUCCUCUGGGUCUCAUCGUUUGCUUUCGGAAGCCUACGGACGGAUCAUUGUUUGCGGGUAUCUACGGUGUUCUAGCCGCCUACUUUUCAGGCAUAAUGGUUCGGCUGAUGCUUGUUCUCUCUCCAGCAGCAGCUGUGUUGGCAGGCAUUGGGGCAUCGCGCUUCGUCAGCAGUUUCAUGUCUUACCUUAGGCCUCCAACGGCGGCGAAAAAGUUCGCCAUUCCCGUCUUCAGAAACAUGGGAAGAAAAGUGUCCGAGCGCGUGGCCGUCCCCAUUUCUUUCGCGGCUUUCGUCCUUCUUGUUUUUGCCUGGAUCACUACAAUGGGCUUGAUCUGCAUCGGCGUGCCCGAGCGCUGCAGCGACCUCAACUUCCUGUUGCGGUGGGAUUACGGAUAUCAAGCCACCGCCAUGGGGAACAGGACGGUUUUUGUGGACAACAAUACCUGGAACAACACGCACAUAGCAACUGUUGGACUGGCUUUAUCGUCAAAUGAAGAAAAGGCGUACAAAAUUAUGCAAGCACUCGAUGUUGACUACGUGUUCGUUGUUUUUGGCGGAGUCGCCAGAUACCAUAGCGACGAUCUGAACAAGUUCCUUUGGAUAAUCCGGAUUACGUCUGGCGUGUACCCUGCUAUUCAGCAGUCAGAUUUUCUUAGUAGGCGUGGAAUGUACACUGUCAGCAAGGACGCCCCGAAGGCACUGGUCGACAGUCUGAUGUAUAAGCUGUCGUACCACCGAUUCGCAGACGUCACUGGCGGCUUUGAUUUUGCCCGCAAUGUGGAAGUCGGCCACAAGAACAUCACGUUGCAUUAUUUCGAGGAAGCUUACACAACAGAGAACUGGCUUGUCCGCAUAUACAAGGUGAAGCGGCCGGAGAGUCGUCAUGGCCUCGUCCGGGGCGGUCGAUGA